AUGCAGAGUGAAGACGGAGCCGGAGCCGCCGCCGCCGCCGCCGCCGCAGCCUGUCCGAGGAUGCAGGGCCUGAGCUCCAGAGCGCACGCCUUCUCCGUGGAGGCUCUGGUGGGGAAGAGCUGCAAGAGGUUGAAGGUGGAGACCGUGAAGGAGGAGAAGCUGCAGACCAUCCCCAUCACUGACAGAGACCCGGACACUGGUGGUGAAGAAGGAGAGGCGCGCGACGGUGCGGGUCCGGGGACGACCACCGAGGAGCCCUGUGAUCCUGAGCCACAGGUCCGCGUGGACCUUCAAGGCUCCGACCUGUGGAGGAGGUUCCAUGAGAUCGGCACCGAGAUGAUCAUCACCAAAGCGGGGAGGAGAAUGUUUCCCUCCAUCCGAGUGAAGGUGCGCAACCUGGACCCGACCGAGCAGUACCACAUCGCCAUGGACAUCAUGCCCGUGGAUUCAAAGAGAUACAGGUACGUGUACCACAGCUCCCAGUGGAUGGUGGCUGGAAACACGGACCACUCCUGCAUCACCCCACGCCUCUACGUGCACCCGGACUCGCCCAGCUCCGGGGAGACGUGGAUGCGCCAGGUGAUCAGCUUCGACCGCGUCAAGUUAACCAACAAUGAGAUGGACGAUAAAGGCCACAUUAUCCUGCAGUCCAUGCACAAGUACAAGCCGCGCGUGCACGUGAUCGUGCGCGAACCCGGGCCGGAGCCGGUUCUGCUGACCUCACUGCCCGCGCGCGGUGUGCAUACAUUCACCUUCCCCGAGACGCAGUUCACUACCGUGACGGCCUAUCAGAACCAGCAGAUUACAAAACUGAAGAUUGACCGAAAUCCCUUUGCCAAGGGCUUCAGAGACCCAGGAAGGAACAGGGGUGUGCUGGACGGGAUUCUGGAGUCUUACCCAUGGCGAAGUCCAUUUGGCCUUGAUUUGAAGCCAUUUAGUCUGGAGCUGCAAGGUGGGAGUUCAGGUUCUUCAGGGAGCUGUGGCACCAUCUCCCCUUUGAAAAGCCUCUUGCCUCACUCCAGUUCCCCAGCCUCACACCCCUUUACACUCUCAAGCCCUGACAGCCCUCUCCACGGCCUCAGCGUCCCACUCUGCUACAAAGUGACUCCUCCAAAUCAUCCUUUCGCAAGCCGAGCCUACUGCAGCCUCGGACCGGACAGACUCAGAGGUUUCCCAGCGUUGCGACCCUUGACGGAUUUCCCUCUGCUGACUCCUGUCCAUGGAAAAAAAGCGGGCAGCUGCCGGGGCCAGUGCCUCCAGGCACCAACAGCCAUUGGCCCCUGUCUGCUCUCCAUCCAGAACCUGCAGGCCAGCCGUUCCUCUGGAGCUCACCAGGCCCAGCAGAACGCUCUGGCGUCUUCUCUCGCACCACCUUAUGGACUGUACAGCUACAGCUUACCUCUCAGCCCACACUUCUCCACCAUCACCAACCCCUUAAAAGCGGCUGACAGUGUGACUCUGUCACCCUCUGAGAACAUUCUGCACCAAACUGCCUGGGAUUCUCCCAUUAACCACUGCCUCUGA